AGGCACCGACAGGCGGGUUUACCGAGCAUAACCGCGUACACAUAAAGUCAUUGUCAACAACCCAAUCCUUUAUACCUUUCACCACCGCCUAUAUAUAUAUAUAUAUAUAUAUUUCUGCAGCAAACGUUCUGCGCACUUCGCCACGCGCCGUGCGAUGCAGCAAUCAAGAAGUCGCUUUCGCGCCUCGAAUGAGGGACUGCCGGGCACUUCCACUCUUCUCGAUCGAAGAAGCGGCGGCGGCGCCUUCUCUGCCUCUGCUGCGGACCCACGAGCACCGUCCAGCAAGCCAAACUGCAACCCCCUCCAUCUCGGUGACCUCCACGGUCACUUAACGAGCUCGUAUGAUGCAGACGAAGGCGACACGGCUGCCGACCUGCAAGCUGGCCACUUCCACAGCUCCGGUCGCUCUAGCCCCUCUCCUCCUCCGACGCCGCAACCCUUUCCAACCCUUUCGAAUUCGGUUUUGGCACGCGUCCAAAGCGACUACCCCGCCGUCUACGCUGCCCUGCGCGUGUACGAGAAGGCGCUGCGGCACCACAGGGAGCGAUUCCAAGCGAAGGAAACGGAGCUGCUUCGUUGCAUCGGUGUUGGGGAGGAGCUGCUGGAACAAAUUGACGCGUUAAAGGAGCGGUGCGAAACACUGGCGCGGGAGCGCGAUGAGGCGGUGACCUCUGCAGGGACGCUGACGACGAGUGAGCAGGUGCAUGAGCGAGCUGCUACAGCAGUGGCGGAGACGAUGCAGAUGAACGCGUCGCGUGCGGCAGAGGCGGCGACACGUGCGUGGGACGAAGAGAGGCGGGCCUUGGUGGAACAGUACGAAGCGCAGUGCUUGCGCUUUCGUGAGCAGCUGCAAGAUGCACUGCAACAGGCGUCGAACGCCAGCGUGGAACAGCGGGAGCUGGAGUCGACGCUCCAACAAACGAGAGCGCAGCUCCAUCAGACGGAGGAGCAGCUGAGAAAAGUCGAAACUGCCUAUCAAGAGCGGGAGUCCUUCUAUGCAACGCAGCGCAACCGUGAAACGCAGCAGCAGCAACUGUGGAUGAAGCAGCAAGUGGCACAGCUGCAGCAGCAGGCGGACGUGGAUAAAGAAACGGUACUCGCGGAGGCGACGGUGGAGCUGGAACGACUUCAGCGUGCCCUCGUGCGGGCAGAGAAAGAGCUGAAGGAGCAGCAGCGCUCGGCUGAGCGACCAGUGACGUUGUUGGCCGAGCCGGGAAACGCGACAACGCUGGAAAUCGCACGCCUGCGCCGCCAAAUUCGCCAACUGGAGGACAUCAACCACGACCUUCAGACGCAGCUGCGAUCCAAAAAGUUUGAAUUGCGGCCUCAAGGCGGAGCUGACGAAGGGAGACUGGUUGCGCUGCAUGGCCAUUCGAUGAACUCCGGCGCUAUGCCCAGUAGCAGCAACAAAAGCCCCGUCUUUGGGUUUCCUGCAACGGAUUCGCAUCAGCAGACGUCUUUCGUUGAUGAUUCUUCUUCUUCUGCUGUUGUUGCAAGCUCAAGCGCUUCGCUGCAGAGGCGCCUUCAGGAGGAAAACGCACGUCUGCGCGACAAACUACAGGAGGUGGUCCGGCAAGCACAGGACGACGUGGACAAGGCGCACGAGGCACGACUAGAACUGCAGCAGCAGCUCAGGAGUGCCGCGGCGCAAAUGCAGCUGCUGCGCGGCACCGUCAUUGCUGGUUUAGAAGAGGAGCUGCGGCAGGCGAGAGAGCAGUUGGAUGCGGCAGAGGCUCACGGCAGGGACUUGCAGGAGGUCGCGGACGCGUUCGAGGUACGCGCCGUCGCCCUCCAGAAGGAGCAGGCAGAGACGGCAUCGCAGCUUGAUGCGGAGCACCGUGCGUGCGAGCGACUCCAACAGGAACUGUGCGAAGCAAAAGAAAUGAUCCCUGCAGUCCAACAAAGAGUGGAGACGACGUUGGUGGAGUCACAGCACAAGGACGCGCUCAUCGUUCGACUUCAGCGAGAGAAGCAGCAGCUGGUGGUCGCACUGCGAACACUGCAAGCACAAACCGGCACCAUCGAAGAGGCGCUGUCGGCGAUGCGCGCGAAGCACGAGGAAGGUACGGCGCAGAACGAGAUGAACACCGCGCGCCUGCAGGAGCGGUGCGUGUUACUCGAGCACGAGCUAGCAGAGGCGAAGGAGGAGCGCGUGGCGCUGUGCGGUCGCCUGCGCGAUGCGGAGGAAGCCGUCGACGUGCUGAAGGACGCACAACGCAUCGCCAACGAAUCGGUGCGGGACGCGCAGCGCGGCACCCAGGAAGCGAAAGAGAGGGCCCACGCCGAUCUCGAGCGACUGCAGCAGCAGCAACAGGUCUGCAAGUCUCGCGCGACGGAAGCAGAGCAAGAACUGAGCCAGCUGCACAAUCGGCUGCGGGAGAUGACCCAGCGAGAACGAGAACACCAAGAGGAGCUGUUGAGAAAGGAGGAGGCGCUGCGGCAGAGUACGGACAAGACGACAUCGCUCACGACAGAGCUUCACGAGCUGCGUGCGAUGCUGUCGAGCCGCGAGGAGGCGGCACGCGAGCGGUGGCGGCAGCAGUACGCGCAGAACACCGCCGAUCGGGAGCAGCUGCUCGCCAACAAAGAGCGUCAGAUCGAGGCCUUACAGGAGCAGCAGCGGGAGCUGCGGCAGACGCUGACGAAACAAGAGGAGCGGCAAGAGCAGCUGCAGCAGCAACGGCAGCAGACACAAGCAGCGUUAUCCGAAGCUGUGGCCAGCACGGCUGCGUACAAGGGGCGGAUACAGGCACUGGAAGAAGAACUGGGUCGCCUUGCAAAGGAGCGGGCAGACGCAAAAGCGGAGCUGCGGCGGCUCUCCGAGAGGUACGAGCGCAUGGAGGCCACGGGUGCCACAGCGGCAGGCGCGGAUACCUCUGCCGCAUCUCGCAUAACGGAGCUCGAAACGAAGCUCACUGAGUACGAUGUGGAACUGCGCAAUGCCGAGCGGCAGCGACAACAGGCGCAGAAGACACUUCUGCAGCUUAUUCUGACUUCUCCCACCGACGCUACGCAGCUUUCACGCCUAGGCAACGGUAAUGGUCGCGGCUGGAACGAUCUAGUGGAGGUGUUUGAUGACGCGGUGAACAAGUUUGAAGCGCAGAGCGCCUUCGAUUUCAAUGCAAAACGCAUAGGCGAAAGCGGAGGAGGCAACGUCAAGGCCGCUUCCGGCUCGUCAGCUCUACCCGACGCGUGCCAGCGUGCGGCGAGUGCCGUGCUUCGCGCCAUCCGUGACUGGAUUGAGCGCCUGCACGGCGAUGAUGACCAGCGCUGGGCCGCGCUGAAGAACGCGGUGCUGACGGCUUACGCUGCUCCCAAGAAGGCAGAGGAAAGAGAGGAGCUCGCUGACGCACACGACACUCCACCGCCGCCUUCUUCAAUCCACAAAGAGGGCAGAGUGUACACCGCAGAGGAGCUGCGCGAUCGCCUCACAGCUGCCAAUAAGUGCUUUGCGACGACGCUGAACGAGCUGAGGACGCAGUGGGCCAGCGCUAACGCCGAAUUGGCCAAAACGUCACAGCUGCUUCAGGACGAGCAAAACUGGAAAGCGGAAGUGGAGCAACUCCAAGCCGGACUAUCGGCGAAGGAAGCUGAAUGCGCAGCCACGCAAACUGCCUUGGACGAUGCCCGCAAAAAGUACGCGGACGCUCUGCAUACAACGGCGUCGCUGCAGACCUCCGUUGAUCAACUUCGCCAAGACCUGGCUGAGCGUGAGGGUCGUCUGGCGGAGCUGGAGCACCGGUUGGAGGUUCGCACCGCAGAGAUCCAGGCGGAGCGCGCGGAGUGGGUGGCGAAGUGGCAGGAGGGGCAGCGGCACCGUGAGAGGGAAAAUGCAGACCACGAAGACGAGCUGCGUGCGCUGCGCACGCGACUUGUCGCAGCUGAAGACGCCACCACCGCAUCGGCUGGUGAGUUGCGCAGGCAGUCGGAGGAGGCGCAGCGACAACUUCGCGCACAGCUGCAGGACCUCCAAAGGGGCGCAGCGACCACCGAGGCGAGUCUUCAUCAGCAGGUGAACGCGCUGACGCAGGAAAAGGCGCGUGUGACGCAGGGUCUGCUGACGUUGAAGAAGGCGGUGGUUGGGCUGGAGGAACGCGUAAACACCACAGAAGCUGCUCUGAAGGCGAAGGAGGUGCAGCUGGCCACGGCGGAGAAGGCUUUACACGACAUCAAGAAGGCGCAUAAGCAAACGCUAGCGAAUGGCGCCGCCGCUGAAGCCUUCGGGCAAGAGUCCAUGACAAGCCAAAUCGCCUCCCUUCAGUCGCAACUUCAGACUUCUCGGCAAGAGAGUGAGUCCAUCACGAAAACGCACGCGGCGGCGAAGGCCGAAUUGCUCGCGUUGCGCAAGGUGAACGCGUCGCUGGAGAGCCGGCUUGCGGAGGUCGAAGAGGAUCGUGCGCCACUGCGGCGGCAGCUUCACAGCCUCCUCUCUUUUGCUGAAAAGUAA